CGGCCGCCGGCAGGGGGCGGGACUCCCAUAAUGCAUCUCGCAGGGCAGCCGGGCCGCUCCGCCCCCAAGCGCAGUCAUGUGACCCGCGCGCCGGGCUGAGCCUGCCGCUUCGCCGGGGGAGGGGGCAAGAAAUUAGUCCAGAUGCAGUAAAUUGGAAGAAAUGGAAGAAAGGAAAAUCAAGAGAAGGAGCCCCAAAUCAUCUACCAGUCACCCUGCUCAGGUUGCUAACUCCAAGAAAAACUCAGUGCCGGUCAGCAAAAGUACAGCCUUUUCAAAUCCCGCACCACAGCCUGCAGUACAAAAACCAAAGUUAAAACGUGUAAUAAAAGAGAAAGCCAAACCUCCAGGAGGCGAAGCGAAAGGGGCGCAGGCAGCACCAAUCCAACAUUCUUUUCUCACAGAUGUAUCAGAUGUCCAGGAAAUGGAAAGGGGGCUUCUGAGUCUCCUGAAUGACUUUCACUCUGGCAAACUUCAAGCAUUUGGAAAUGAAUGUUCCAUAGAGCAGAUGGAGCAUGUGCGGAGUAUGCAGGAGAAACUUGCUCGCCUCAAUCUAGAGCUCUACGGGGAGUUGGAAGAACUCCCUGAAGAUAAAAGAAAACUAGCCAGUGACUCCAACCUGGAUAGGCUGCUGUCAGAUCUAGAAGAACUGAAUUCAUCUAUCCAAAAACUACAUUUAGCAGAUGCUCAAGAUAUUCCAAAUAGUGCCACGGGCUGAAAGAACAGCUUUGUCAGUUUGGAUUCUCCCAGAAGCUUUUCUUUUGUUUUUCCUGACAGUUGUGGUUUUGUGGUUGUGGUUUUUUUUUUUUUUUUAAUUUUACACAAUGAAGAAUCAAAGUGCAAAUCCAAAUGUUUAUUUUUGCACAUUCCUCUGAGCACUGUAUUAUGUCAGGACUCAGUAUCUAGAGUUUUAAGUAGGUUAUUGUGAUGCUAUGCUUUUUAUUAUUGCCUUAUUUAAUGGAAAAAUUGGGGAAAUAUGGAAGUGUAUUUCUUCUCUCACAGUGUUGUUCAUAUGGUUGAAAAUGAAAUAUGUAUAUAAGCUCAUUAGCAUUGCUCUGGUUUUUAUGAAGGUAGCAAUGAUGUUGCCUUUCUGAUCAGUAUGUAGACAAUCUGUACACUUUAUCUUUUAGUGUUUUGUUGAUCAGUGAUGCCACAGAUUAAUUUAUUGUUAAUGAAGUGAAACAUUUUAAAUAUAUGAUGUUUCAUUUAGAGAAGUUGCUAUCUGUUCAGCUGUGUUAAGAUAUGAGUUCUUGCAUGGUCUGAAUGUUUGCAGAGUUUACUUUUUUUCAUUACCAUGAAUAAUUAUAAAGUGUCACUAAAUAAGAACUAGCAUGCAUGCUAGCAGUCCACACAAUUUGAUUAAAUAUUGUGAAAUUCCAAAAUUGGGUAAAGAGUUACUGUUCAAUAAAUCCAGUAUAUGCAA